UGCCUCAUUUUGAACGAGUUUCUUGCGCAUAUCUUUGCUUUACUUGACCAUUUGAUCGGUCACCUUAUCCCUGUGUUUUACUGAAGUACGGCAGCCGAUUGUCUGUGAUUGUUCAGAGGCAUGGGCUGGGCGGAUCUGAAUUUCGCUUAGCAGCAGUGCAUGUGAAGCAGCUGCGGUGCACGCACCCGAAAGGGAAUCUGAACAUGCCAUUGGGCUCGCACAUGCCGCGAUCCCCCCAAUUGGCAUGUCAUCUAGGAAUAUUUUAUCUCUUUUCUUCAGAGGGAAAGGGAUAUUUUUGAAGGGAGGAAUAUUUUAUCUUGUUAGCCGGGGCACGCCACCACCACCACUGGCGAUGAUAUAACACCCCCUCGUGUUUUCCUUGCGUCGCUGCCCCUGUCGUGCGCCAGCAGAACAAGAGUAAACAUCAUGGGUGCCGGCGGCAGGAUGACGGAGAAGGAGCGGGAGAAGCAGGAGCAGCUCGGCCGCGCCAACGGCGGGGCAGCCUACCAGCGCUCGCCGACGGACAAGCCGCCGUUCACGCUGGGUCAGAUCAAGAAGGCAAUCCCGCCUCACUGCUUCCAGCGCUCCAUCAUCAAGUCCUUCUCCUACGUGGUCCAUGACCUGGUCAUCGUCGCGGCCCUGCUGUACGCGGCGCUGGUCUGGAUCCCCACCCUCCCGAGCGUGCUGCAGCUGGGCGCCUGGCCGCUCUACUGGGUCGUGCAGGGCUGCGUCAUGACCGGCGUCUGGGUCAUCGCGCACGAGUGCGGCCAUCACGCCUUCUCCGACUACUCGCUGCUCGAUGACACCGUCGGCCUGGUGCUCCACUCGUGGCUGCUCGUCCCCUACUUCUCGUGGAAGUACAGCCACCGUCGCCACCACUCUAACACCGGGUCGCUGGAGCGCGAUGAGGUGUUCGUCCCCAAGCAGAAGGAGGCGCUGGCGUGGUACACCCCUUACAUCUACAACAACCCCGUCGGCCGUCUGGUGCACAUCGUCGUGCAGCUCACCCUCGGGUGGCCGCUGUACCUGGCGCUCAACGCCUCAGGCCGCCCGUACCCGCGGUUCGCCUGCCACUUCGACCCCUACGGCCCGAUCUACAACGACCGGGAGCGAGCCCAGAUUUUCAUCUCAGACGUCGGAGUGCUGGCCGUGUCAUUGGCUCUGCUGAAGCUCGUGUCGUCGUUCGGGUUCUGGUGGGUGGUGCGGGUCUACGGCGUGCCGCUGCUGAUCGUGAACGCUUGGCUGGUCCUGAUCACCUACCUGCAGCACACCCACCCGGCGCUGCCGCACUACGACUCGACGGAGUGGGACUGGCUGCGGGGGGCGCUGGCCACCAUGGACCGCGACUACGGCAUCCUCAACCGCGUGUUCCACAACAUCACGGACACGCACGUGGCGCACCACCUAUUCUCCACCAUGCCGCACUACCACGCCAUGGAGGCCACCAAGGCGAUCAAGCCCAUCCUCGGCGAGUACUACCAGUUCGACCCCACCCCCGUCGCCAAGGCCACAUGGCGCGAGGCCAAGGAGUGCAUCUACGUCGAGCCCGAGGACCGCAAGGGGGUCUUCUGGUACAGCAACAAGUUCUAGCCGUCAAGAUCCAUCAACGGUGCUCGAGAAAGAACUCAGAGAAGAGAUCCUACCAAGUAAUUCCAUCCAUCUACCUACAGUCAUAUGGUUAGUCUUUAGAUAGCAGAGGGCAUUUGGGCACAAAAGAAGACUACUAUUACCGUGCCAGUGCUAGAAGAGCUGAGUGGUGCAAGGAAGAGUAGCGUGUCCGUGACUUUGGUCAGUUCCGUCUUUACUUUUUCUCUGUGUUCCAGUCGUCGGCUUAGGUUUGGCCGGCUGUCGUCGUCGGUGUCCGUGGCCGUGGACAUGGCCGCGUGUGUUGUGUGUGCGUCUGUCAUUGCAUUGGCGUCAUCUCCCCCCGUCCGUGUCAUGUUGUUGUAGACCAUUUCGUGUUUAUGGCGGAAUAACUGAUCGUCGAAGGAAGGGCAACUUUUUUGAGUA